ACUUGUACAGGAGCUAUCACAAGCCGGACUCGGAAGCUUCGCUAAAGAAGCACCUACGCACGCUCAUCAACCGACCAGAUCUUGGUCGAACAGUGACGAGAUUAUCUAUCGGCUCUUGUCAAGCUUCACGAUUCUGUCAUGGAGACCGGUGCGGACACGACUUAGAGGAACGGCACCUUUCAAGAUUGCCAUUCGACCCCGGAGUAAGUGCGAGCUGGCAAUACCAUAACGCACACCAAAUUGCUUGGCUACCAGUCGACGGCACUCGUGUGCUCAACUUCGAGUCAAGUUUUUUGGAGACCGAUGAGGAUGCCAAGAUAGGUCUGCUCAUGUUGUCCACGCCAAAUAUCAAGGAACUGUACCUCUCAGAUGUUCCCCCAUGGACCAAUUUCUUCUGGCCCCACUUUAAUGGCCCAACUCUUGGACUGCAGGUCCAGCCUAUGUCGCAGCUCAAAAAGCUCGUGCUGAGAAAAUCACCCGCCACCAAAGAUGUUAUCAAGAUGCUUUCCAUACUUCCUAAGGUGGAUCGAUUUGCCAUGACAGGUCUGUAUAGCUAUCCAAGAGCAACUGGGUCCCACCAGUCACCUACAUGUCGAAUGAAACACCUUCGUGUUGAUCGCUGUGCAGCUGACUUCUGGCCAAUUGAACAAGCAUUGGAGAACUGUCAUGGUCUCGAGCGACUGGGUUGGAUUGUCGACGGCAAAAGCCUUGCUUACGAGAGAUUUUCACUACAGAUCCAUCGUAUCUUCUCACUGGCAGUGCGAUCAAAAUCCACUUUGCAAUCCCUGUGGCUUGCUAUACAUGAAACUCAAUAUCUACCUUCUUGGUCAUCCACUCCGACCACGGUCAGUUUCCGAGACUUUGGCAUGUUGAAUAAUCUGCUCAUCGAACACCGGCUACUCAUCGGAGACCGAAGACACGAUCUUGCAUACCUACUACCAUCAAAUCUGGAGCGACUGAGUUUGAUCCACUGCGACAAUGGCGUCUUUGAAGAACUGGAAACACUCAUCUCAGGCCGUGCGCUGCCGAGCCUCCGUAAUAUCCAUCUUUCCUUUUCAUCCUCCGCAUACGAAGAUGGAAUGUGGUGGGUAGAUGCGAUGACACAAUUAGCUAAGUCUUCUUGUUGCAAGGUAAGAAGUUUCCGUUCUUUCCACUCUUCGGGCGGUAUGAAAAAUGUAAGGAUUCGAAGUAUUUAGAAUUUUUUGGGACAGUAUCUCAAAAUUUCGGCGAGAAGCGGUGUUCACUUUCACAAUAAGUUAAUUGGUGAAGGCGCAUUGCGAAAA